AUGCUCGCUGAGGGCUCCCCAAAGGAUGUUGAGGAAAGCAUCCACGACGCCGAGAAGCAGUUAAAAUCCCUUUCUGAUUCAGGCCGUGACGAUCUCAAUAAUGACCCGUAUGAAGUGGUUCUGGAGCCUUCAGAAGAUCCCCUCAAUCUAUCUACAUUACGGAAAUGGUUGACGGUCCUAAUUAUUAGCGCAGGCUCGUUGUGCGUAACCUCGAUGUCUUCAAUAGCAGCCUUCACUGAAGUAGCAGUGGAGGAUGAAUUCGACGUUUCUCAUACUGUCAGUAUCCUGGCAAUAUCAUUGUUUGUGGAGGGCCUUGGAAUUGGCCCUCUCUUUGUUGGCCCUUUAUCCGAAGUCUAUGGAAGAAAUCCCAUAUACCGUGCUUCAUUUGGCCUGGUUUUUGCAUUCUCUUGGGGCGUUGCAUUUGCUCCCAAUAUUGCCGCCUACUUGAUAUUCCGCUUCCUGACGGGACUAUCUGGUGCAGCCUUCCUCAGUGUAGCAGGCGGCACAGUGAGCGACUUGUUUCCACACAACAAAGUAGCCAACCCGAUGGCUGUCUAUACUCUGUCACCCUUCAUAGGACCAGUGCUCGGCCCUCUGAUUGGCGGCUUUGUCAAUCAGAACCUAUACUGGCGCUGGACAUACAGGAUCAUUCUCGUCUGGGUGUUCUUCCAGUGCUUAGCGAUCUUUCUCUUCGUUCCAGAAACAUACACACCGGUUAUCAUCAAGCAGAAGGCUGAAAGGCUUCGUGAGGUGACAGGAGAUCUCAAAUAUUUCGCACCCUUAGAAAGACAAGGCCAAAGUAUUUUCCAGGCUAUUGCCCAAAGCUGCUAUAGGCCGUUUGAACUACUUAUUUUUGAACGCAUGGCGCUUUUGUUGAAUAUUUGGACGGCUCUUCUGCUCGGUAUACUGUAUCUCACCUUCCAGGCCUUCCCCAUCAUAUUCGGCGAGCUCCAUGGUUUCAAUAUGCAAAUGACUGGCCUGACUUUCCUGGGAAUGGGGCUCGGCAUGAUCAUUGGCGUAUCUUGCCAGCCUCUGUGGAAUAGACACUAUGCACUCGUCCGUAGCAGAUACGAUGGUAUUCCUCCUCCGGAAAGUAGGCUAGCCAUGGCCAAAGUCGGUGCAUUCCUAGUACCUAUAGGCCUCUACUGGCUAGCAUUCACCACCUACCGCCAAGUCCACUGGAUAGUCCCCAUAAUUGCCUCCAUUCCAUUCGGGACCGGCAUGUUCUUCGUGUACACCUCCGUCUUUACCUACCUCGUUACGGCCUACCGACCGAUCGCCGCCUCGGCUAUGGCGAGUAACAGCGCACUGAGGUGCACGUUCGCUGCCGCGUUCCCGCUGUUCGCACCAGCUAUGUAUCGGAGGCUGGGUACCGUUGGCGCUACUGCAUUGCUGGCUGGGUUGACUACAAUCAUGGCACCGCUCCCGUUCAUUUUCUCUCGCAUUGGGGCGCAAUUGCGAGCGAAGUCAAGGUUCGCUGCAAGAUAA